GUGAUACCGGUGCCGGUGCGGUUGCGUUUCAUUCAUCAUUACCGUUCUUUCUUUCAUUCUUUCUUUGGCUGACUGAGCGCUCGUCUAGGCCGUUCGUUGUUACCCAUCAACACAAUGGUUGCUGCUAAGAAACAGAAAAAGACCAUCGAGUCUAUCAACUCGCGCUUGGCGCUUGUUAUGAAAUCUGGCAAAUACUGCCUUGGCUACAAGCAGACCUUGAAGACUCUUCGACAGGGAAAGGCAAAGCUGGUCAUCAUAGCGAAGAAUGCCCCUCCUCUAAGAAAAUCGGAGAUCGAGUACUAUGCCUACUUAGCUAAAACCGGCGUCCACCACUACAGUGGCAACAAUAUUGAGCUGGGCACUGCCUGCGGCAAGUACUACCGUGUGUGCACGCUGGCCAUCACCGAUCCUGGUGACUCGGACAUCAUCACCACUCUGCCGGAAGCCACUGCAUAGUUUUAAAAUAAAUUUAUAAGCUAAA